GGGUUCUACAGCUUCCUCUUCUCGGGCCUCCCAGGGAAACUGUAAAUACCUCUCCUCCUUAUGCCCGUUAAGGUUGUGACCUCUGAACCCCUAAAAACCCUCUACACUGACUAUUGCUGAGACCAGAGUGUGAGCCAUGGUUAUAAAGAGCCUUCUGCACGCUGCUUCCACUUUCAGGAAGCAGCUGAUGAGGGUGAAGGUGGUAAACUCUAACUCCGAGGACUCCCGUUUGUGCCGAUGUCUCAACACCUUUGACCUGGUAGCCCUUGGUGUGGGCAGUACAUUGGGUGCUGGUGUUUAUGUGCUCGCUGGUGCUGUUGCAAGAGAGAAUUCUGGUCCUGCUAUUGUGCUGUCAUUCCUGAUAGCAGCCAUAGCCUCAGUGUUAGCCGGGCUUUGCUACGCUGAGUUUGGAGCCCGUGUUCCCAAAACAGGCUCGGCUUAUCUGUACUCCUAUGUGACUGUAGGGGAGCUGUGGGCCUUCAUCACUGGAUGGAAUCUCAUUCUCUCCUACGUCAUUGGUGCCUCCAGCGUGGCUCGUGCAUGGAGCGCCACCUUUGAUGAGUUGAUAGGGAACCCCAUAGGGCAGUUCUGCAGACAGUACAUGGCCCUGAAUGUACCAGGAGCACUGGCAGAGUAUCCUGACAUAUUUGGUGCUUUCAUCAUAAUCAUUCUUACAAGUCUGCUGGCGUUUGGGGUCAAAGAAUCAGCAAUGGUGAACAAGGUCUUCACUUGUAUCAAUGUCCUAGUCUUGGUGUUCAUGGUGAUCUCUGGAUUCGUCAAAGGCACUAUUAAAAACUGGCAGCUAGACCCUGAAGAGAUCCUACAUGCAAGUUAUACAACAAACAGCACCAAUGUGACAGACGUCCUGCCAAGCGCAGAGAGUUUAGGAGUCGGCGGCUUCAUGCCAUUUGGAUUCACCGGUGUCCUGUCAGGAGCCGCUACCUGUUUCUAUGGGUUUGUGGGAUUUGACUGCAUUGCUACCACAGGUGAAGAGGUGAAGAACCCCCAGCGAGCCAUUCCUUUUGGUAUCGUAUCCUCAUUGCUCAUCUGCUUUGUGAUCUACUUCAGCGUUUCUGGUGCUCUCACCCUCAUGAUGCCAUACUACCUGCUGGACAGCAACAGCCCUCUGCCUACAGCUUUUAAUUAUGUGGGCUGGGGGGGCGCGAAAUAUGCCGUAGCUGUAGGCUCUCUUUGCGCUCUGUCUACAAGCCUGCUGGGUUGUCUGUACCCUGUUCCUCGUGUGAUCAUGGCUAUGGCUGAUGAUGGGCUGUUAUCAAAGUCCUUGGCCAGGGUCAACUCCUGCACCAAAACCCCACUAAAUGCAACUUUUGUCACUUCCUCUCUGGCAGUUUUCAUGGUGUUAAUGUUCGAGCUGAAGGACCUGGUGGACCUGAUGUCGAUAGGAACGCUGCUAGCCUACACAUUAGUGGCUGCCUGUAUCCUGGUGCUCAGGUACCGGCCUAGCAUGGGUUACCAGAUUGUCAGUAGCCAGGAGGAGAUGGAGUUGAAUGAGGGCAACAUCCUGCCCGGUAUGGAAGAGAGGCUCAGCUUCAAAACCUUGCUGUUCCCAGACAAUCCCGCACCAUCCAAACUGUCAGGCUUCACUGUCAACGUCUGUGUCUUUCUCCUCGGAAUGCUGAUGCUGGCAUUCAGUGUUCUGGCAUCUUAUGGAGAUCUUGCUUCGUGGAACUUGGUAGCCCUCAGCGUCAUCUUCAUGAUGUGUCUUUUCGUGGUCUUCAUCAUCUGGAGACAGCCCCAGAAUCAAACUAAACUCUCCUUCAAGGUGCCCAUGCUGCCCUUCAUUCCAGUGAUCAGCAUGUUUGUCAAUAUCUACCUGAUGAUGCAGCUUGAAGAACGCACUUGGGUUAAAUUCUCAAUCUGGAUGGCCAUAGGUUUCGCGAUCUAUUUUGGCUAUGGUAUCCGUCACAGCACCCUGUCAGCUGCAGCUCAUUCGACUCCGGACACAGAGAUGAAGGGCUUAGGCCUGAACCACAAGUCAGCAUCACCAGAAAAGGAAGCCUUUCUGUCCAAUGGCAUUGAUGUAAGGGAAGAGAAUGAUGGAGAUUUGUAGGAAAUUACAAAUCUCCAUCAUCAGAUCAUGCUGCUUCCAAGACAUGCAUCCUUGAUAGCCAGCAGUCAGUCUGUGUCAGCUCACUGGCAGAACUUUCUUUUAGGGAAGGUAAAGAUAAAUACCUCAUACCUAAAAUUCACAAACUUCUGACUUACUUCUUUAGCUGCAGGGAGAACGCAGACAACUGAUGAAAGAACACUCAAAAAAAGACUUAUAAAGCCAUAACUAACAUGUUCUGUAUUUUGCAAUAAGGUUCAGAUUCAAGUGCCAGUUAUGACUCGCCUAUCAGGAAUUAGGGCUUAUGUUGGAGAUACAGAAUACAUCAUUGUGUUAAAGAGGUUGGGGGGGCAUAGUCUCUGUUUCUUUUCAUAUUGGGUUGUACUUACGUCUACAACCUGUGUCUGAGCCACAUUUUUGACAGCAGGAAUAUGUACAAAAGCCAAUGUGUGGGUGCCAGAAAGGUCUUCAAUGAUCAGUGAAGGAUGGAUUUUUGUUGUAGUUUUUGUUGAUGUUUGUUUGUUGUAUCAAAAGUUCAUUAGUUAGGUUCAUGAGUUUUUGUUGGACAAUGACACAUUUUUUUAGUGCUUUUGCCUCCGUUCUGUACCAGAAGAGAUUUUAAAUCAAAUGAUCAAGA